UCUCACCUAGCUACGCCCUACCGUGAAUCAUGCUAAUCCAUUAGAACCCAGAUACUGAUCCUCUGCCCUCCCUCCGCUUAGUUCCUGUUCCUGGCUGCUGUGGGGUCGCCGGGGGUCACGCGUAAGAAGCCUCCCUCUUUCCUUCGACGGGCCAGCAGCAGUCCCGGGGAGUCCCCCCACUGACGUCCUGGCUUGUGAGUGACCUCAGCCAGCCCGAACUGCUCAGUCUUGGCUCCCGGCCACCAAGUCUCCUCCUCCUCCUCCAUAGGCAGCGGCGACCGACAGAGUCAAGAGCCCGGGCGGCCCUCGGAGAGCGAGAGCAGGAGGGAAGGUGCCACGCGGGCCCCCUCGGAGAGAGGGAACGCCAGCCAGCCCGCCCUUUCCUCCUCGUCUCUCCUCCUGGCCGGUGCGAACAGGCCUGCUGAGGGGAAACUCUAAGAGAAAAUGCCCCAAGAAGGAGAGGCUGCUCCUAGGGUCUCCAAAGUGCAGGAUGGAGGAUGGGCAUGGAUGGUCUUAAUAGCCACAGUGCUGGUUCAAGGCUUAACGCUGGGCUUUCCUUCCUGCGUUGGAGUCUUUUUCAAGGAUCUGCAGCAUGAGUUUCAAGCUACCAACAGUGAGACAUCAUGGUUCCCGUCUAUCAUGACAGCGGUGCUGCAUGCAGGUGGGCCCCUCUGCAGUAUUUUGGUGGAGCGAUUUGGCUGCAGGACCACUGUAAUGCUGGGAGGCCUUCUUAGUGGAAUGGGCAUGGUUGCCAGUGCUUUCUCCAAGUCUAUUAGCCAGCUUUACAUAACAGCUGGAUUCAUCACUGGUUUGGGAUCAUCUUUUAGCUUCCAGGCAGGAAUCACUGUGCUAGGCUACUAUUUUAUACGCCGGCGAGCACUGGCCAAUGCUCUGGCCUCCACGGGCGUCUCCAUUGGCCUCACGCUGUGGCCACUGAUCUCUCAGUACUUGCUGGAUGAGAUGGGCUGGAGAAACACUUUCCUCAUUUUUGGGGGAGUGCUGUUGAACUGCUGCGUGUGUGGGGCUGUGAUGAGACCACUCCCAGUCAAGCUGCUUUCCUCUUCAUUGAAGUCCUCUCCUGGACAGUCAGCUGAAAGCAUACAUUUGUCCAAUGGAAACACCCUCCAUGAUGGGGAGCAGCCGCGUCAGUCCAGGUGUACUGCUUGCUUUCAGACCCUGCAGAAAUACCUGGCUUUUGAUGUCUUCUGCAAGAACAAAGGCUACCGGAUCUACACCAUUGGAGUGACCUGGAUGGUGAUGGGUUUUGUGCUGCCUCUCGUCUACCUGGUGCCCUAUGCCAUCCUGAAUGGAGUGGAGGAACGCAAGGCAGCCCUCCUCAUCUCCAUCAUUGGGUUCAUCAACAUAUUCAUGCGGCCCAUGGCAGGCCUGCUCUCGGGCCUCAAGGUUUUCACUGGCCGGCGGAUCUACCUCUUCAGUGUGGCUGUCAUGUUCAACGGCCUGAGCAACCUCAUCUGUGCUAUCUCAGCCGAGUACAGUGUUCUUGUCCUCUACUGUUUGGUCUACAGUGUCUCCAUGAGCGUGGUCGGGGCACUUCUCUUCCAGGUGUUAAUGGAUGUGGUAGACAUGGACAGGUUCUCCAGUGCCUUGGGUCUCUUCACCAUUUUGGAAAGCAUCACCAUUCUUGUUGGACCCCCACUUGCAGGUCUUCUUGUGGACCUUACAGGCCACUUCAAUUAUGUCUUCUACGCUUCUGCCUUCUUCAUGGUAUCAGCUGCUCUCUUCAUGUGUCUUAGCUUCUGCACUCUGGUGACAAAAAACAAAUUGACAGAGACUCCUAAGCUAACCCCUGAGAAUCCCUCUAGGGGCAAAUACACAGAAGUGCCAACUGAAUUGGGGCCUGACAAGAAUGGCCCUCCUCCUGCAGUCAUCUGCGUGACAAGCAUCUGAAUCCAGAGGAAGCUGGAAGGAUGUUGCAUCCCUCACAAAUGCAAGAUAUCUGGAAGCAGAAGGGAAAGACAAGUGCCUCCUUUCAAUGAUGCUCACCUCCUCCCUACUGUGACCCAUUCAGCCGUAAUGAACUCUGGUUUCUAGAUGAAGGAUCCAGUUCAGAAGAUAUAGGCUCAAGGCUGUCCAGAAAUCCAAAGAGCACUUUAAACAAAAUUGACAUGAUGCAAACCAUGGGGGCAAAGGUGGUCAUUGUCCCUUGACAGCAUCUGAAUUACUUGAAGUGUCACAAUUUUAUCACCAAUUUUUAGAAUGUAUUCCAGUGUUUGACUGGAAGGACUUCAUUACCAUUGGGUUAUGAAUUAGCAUAGUCCCCUGACAGAGAUGACAGAGUGGGGCAAGGGACAGUAAAACUAUGCUUAAACAUUGUGCCUAGACUGGCUGGUUUGCCAUAGUGAAUUGGCUGACGUUCAAGCACAAAAGAAGGCCGCCUCUUUAUGAAGCUUUACUACUGGGCUGCUUCAGUGUUACAUGGCGUAUUUCAUGCCUGCUCUAUAAUUCCAGACUAGUUCCUCUGUAAAUAUAUAUUGCUUUUAUGACUUUCAGCCGGCAGAUCAGGCAUGUAUAGCGUUGUAUUUAAUAGUGGCCAGAGUGAGUCAUUUCUGCAUUUUCAAGGACAACAGAGGGUCAAAUCUGAAGCCACAGAUCACAGUAAAACUGGAUUGUACCAAAGUGCCUGUAUAGGAAAGCCAAUGGUGUCUUAAACCCCCUUUGUUCUCAUUUGAGGUAUAUGUUGCACUAAAUAAGUGAUUGUGGCUGAUCAAAAGAGAUGGCCAUUUUGUUUUUCUAGUUCAUGGAGUACUAGGACCAAAGCAGUUGUACAGAUGUCAACAUAGUGGCAUGUUUAAACUCAAUUUCUUCAUCUUUAUAGGCUUCCAUAGUUUUUAUAGCGGCAACUCAGAAAAGUUGUAUAAGCUAAAUGAGAGUCGUACAUUAUGUGUGAGUGAAUAAACACCUAGAUAGGUGCAAAGGAACAUUAAGGGUCGCUAGUAUUGUCCUUAAAUGUAUGCACACUUGAAGCAGUAGGUCGAAUACAAGGGCUUGCCCACUCUUCUUUGGACUGGAAGUUUUGUUUUUUAAUGACAUACAUACAGAAAUAUGUAGUUUGGGAAUAAGGUGCUUUUUCUAGAAUCUGCUUCCUGAGGCAAUUGCUGCGUGUUGCUUCACGGUAAGGCCAGCCCUGAGAAUGACCCAAGAUGCUUCCUGACUUGGCUGGCAAAGUUGCAGUUAGCUUUGCCAUAUCUUCUGAGUUUGAUCACUGGUUUUAGGCUUGUCCAAAUAGCAGUGUUUGAACUGGAACAAAACUGUGCUUUGAUUCUAAUUUAUUUACUUGCUUUUCACAAUUCCAGUUCCUCAUCUCACAUUCUGUUCUUCCAGUUUUGGUAUCUCUGAAAACAUCGAAUGGAAGGUCAUUCAUGUUUUCAACUUUCCAAAAGACAGAAGUCUGAAAUGGUUUUGAAUGGCAGGGAACAUUGGCUAUGAACUCUAGCACUUUCAAAAACAGAAAACAUUGAGAGGUUGGCAAGGAGACAAGAAUCAUGCAGUUCUGGGUGCUCUGAUCUGCCAGGCCUAUGUCAACCUAUUUAAAGAACUACAAGGAGCAAAUUGAGGAAAUGUGGUUCAAGACACUUUGGCGCCUGAGGCAAAAAAUGCAAAUGGCACCUUCUUGCCAAUAAAUUAACUUGGUGCACAGUCCCCUGGGAAGUGUCCCUGUGCAAGCCUCACUGCUGUGAAUGAAAGUAGCACAAGAACAUGCUAGUCCUGUUCAGUGCAGUGGUGUUUGCAGAGGAGAAUUUUCCAACACAUUAUGCCCCAUGUGUCAGAUCUGUCUGUGUCUCCCAUUUUGCCACCCUUUGUGAUGCUCCGCAUUUCUUUGUGCUGGGGCCACACCUGUAUGUAUGUAGCUGCCAGAAUGGAUGGAGCUGUAUAGCUGGCAAUGGCAACAAAAACAAGCAGGUCAGCUAAUCAGACUCUCUUGCUUGAGGAGCUUCUCUUUAGACAGGAGGGUUUGAAAUCCAGAUCACUCCAUGAUGGAUCUGUAAUGAUGAUAUAGGGCAAGCUGGUGUAGAAGCUGCUAGGGCAGUGUGGGGAGGGUAUCUUUCUGUGCCUUUGCCGUUUCAUGGCUUAUACUGAGAAGGAGAGGCAAUCCGUGAAUGUAUAAUGCAAGUCAUCGCAGAUGGGUACUCGUGCACAACUAGGCAAUGAAACCACAUUGUUCCAUUGAUUCCUAGGAUCGACACACCAAACAGAACCCUCAGGGUUAGUUUGUGCUGGUCUUUUGGACUGUAAAAUAAUUUCUCACACCUGGAGAAUACAUGACAAAGCUGCAAAUGCAGCAUGCAUGCAUACACACAAACAUGGUUCAGAAAACUCCUGCUUUAGAAAGCCAAAUCUUGAAGCUUUCCAAGACUGGGCAUUUUCAGAAAGCACCUUUUUGUGAAAAAGGUGGCACUACAAGCACCUUUUGAGCCUUAGUUUUUAUUGUAUUGUUAAAUUUAUAUACUGCCUUUCAUUAAAACAAUCCCAAGGCGUUUACCUUAGUUGUAAGCAAAUAUGUGUGAAUGUUGUCAAUGCAAGGUAGAAAGCCAUUUAAAAAUAGAAUACAUUCUCAUUCCAUGUCUGAGACUGAUAUGGGAAAUGCAGAUCUACAGCCCAGUAGGGAUGUGUAAACAGGUUCAAUGGUUGGAGGUCAAACCAAACCACCCCCUAUUUGGUCCGACUCUGGACUGAAACGCGCCCCCCCCCGGCUCGUUCACAAUUUAAAAAUAAUAAUGAUUUAAACUUACACCCUCUGGGGGGCGGUUCUUGGAGGUGGUUGGAAGGGGUCUGCGGAGGUUCCCCCUCCCCCCCACUGGCCUACGAUCCAUCCAAAACCAGCCCGUUCAGGCCUUUCCCCCACCCCUGUGGUGGCCCUUUUGGAGGCUGUCGCGCCAGUGCAAUGGGCCUCUGCAUGGUCAGGCAUGACCCAGGCCACACGCAGGUGCCAGCAGCCUCCAAAAUGGCUGCCACACUGGUGGGGGAAAGGCCUGAAUGGGCUGAAGAAUGGAUGGAUGGGAGGCCGGUGGGGUUAGGGGGAACCUUCGAGAACCACCCCCACCCCCAGAGGGCGUAAGUUUUUCUUGUUUUUUUAAAUUUAAAAACCUCAUGAACCCCUGACCGAACCGGUGGGGGGUUUGAGGGGGUGCUGGACUGAACUAGUCCGGUCAAGUUCGAACUCAAACCGAACUGAACCAGCCAGUUACAUGCAUACCCCUACAGCCCAAUCCUAUGCAUGAUUCAGAUGCUUGCUUAGAUAGCUUUUUUUGAAGGGCUUAAACAAAUUCAUACAGGAUAGUUCUUUCAACAGCUAUUAUCCAAGAUAGUUGUGUAGAACCUCCAGGUCUAGAGGCAGUAUACCUGUAACUGUCAGGUGUUGAAGACAGAGGAAGGCUGUUCCUUUCAUGCUUUGCUUGUGUCUCAGAGGUAUAUGGCUGGCCAUUGCUGGGAACAAUGCUCUUGGGAACAAUGUUCGCAACCAGAAGGCUCUUUGGUUGGCUCAAGCAGGGCUCUUUUUUUUUUUUACUUGAAAGUACAUCCCAGAGAGUUCCCUGUAUGUAUUCAUAAGUUUGCGGUCUUAAGCACCACUAGUGAAAAUGGUCUGCAUGAGCACAUUUAAAUUAAGCUUGCCUAAACCUAGUCUCUUUCUCCCUGUUUCAUGUCCAUGCCACUACUUUUGCAAAUGCAUUUGUACUUCUCUAGGAGUGAGAGUAUAAAGCGGUUUUCUGUAUAAGCCCUUGUGGGCCAGUAGCUUUCAUUAAACAUCUCACAAUACACUCUGCUUCUUCCCAGGCAACACAGAGCAAGGCAAACACAUGCAUGCAAAAUCCUCCUCCACUAUACAGGCCCAGAUGCUAAGUACAGGCAACCAGAUCUCCAAGAUAAUCAAAAGAAGGAAUCUCAAGAUUAAAUUCACAUCAUAAGAACAGCCUUGUUGGAUCAGGCCCAAGGGCUUGUCUAGUCCCGCAUCCUGUUUCACACAGGGACCCACCAGGUGCCUCUGAGAAGCCACAGGCAAGAGAUGAAGGAAUGCCCUCUCUCCUGCUGUUGCUCCCCCUGCAACUGGUAUUGAGAGGCAUCUUGCCUCUGAGGCAGAAGGUAGCCUAUAAGCCAUCAGACUAGUAGCCAUUGAUAGAACUGUCCUUCAUGAAUUUGUCUAAGACCCUUUUAAAGCAAUCCAGGCUACUGGCCAUCACCACAUCCUGUGGCAGAGAAUUCCAUAGAUUAAUUAUGCAUAAUUAUGCACUGUGUGAAUAAGUACUUCCUUUUGUUGGUCCUAAAUUUCCUAGCCUUCAGUUUCAUGAGAUCACCCGUUUCUAGUGUUAUAAGAGAGGGAAAAACAUUUUUCUGUCCGCUCUCUCUACUCCAUGCAUAAUUUUAUACACCUCUAUCAUGUCUCCCCGUAGCCACCACUUUUCCAAACUAAAAAGCCCCUGAUGCUGUAGCCUUGCCUAUAAGGAAGGUGCUCCAGGCCCCUGAUCAUCUUGGUUGCCCUCUUCUGCACCUUUUCCAGUUCUACAAUGUCCUCAAGAUACGGUGACCAGAACUGUAUGAAGUUCUACAAAUGUGGCUACACCAUAGAUUGGAAUAAGGGCAUUAUAAUAUUAGCAGUUUUGUUUCCAAUCCCCUUCCUAAUAACCCUUAGCAUGGAAUUUGCCUCUUUCACAGCUGCCGUGCACUGGGCCAACACUUUCCAUGAGCUGUCCACCACAGCCUUCUGGUCAGUCACUGAGAGCUCGGACCCCAUCAGAGUAUAUGUGAAGUUGGUUGUGGUUUUUUUGCCCCAAUAUGCAUCACUUUACACUUGCUUACACUGGACCACAUUUGCCAUCUAGUUGCCCACUCCACCAGUUUGGAGAGAUCCUUUUGGAGCUCCUCACAAUCCAUUUUGGAUUUCACUACCAUAAAUAGCUGGGUGUCAUCUGCAAAUUUGGACACCUCUCUGCCUUCUCCAAUUUCUAUAUCAUUUAUGAACAAGUUAAAAAGCACUGGUCCCAGGACAGAUCCCUGGGGGACCCCACUUGUUACUUCCCUCCAUUGUGAAAACUCCAUUUAUUCCUACUCUGUUUCCUGUCCUUCAACCAGCUAUCAUUCCACACAUGAACUUGUCCCCUUAUCCCAUGGUUGCUAAGUUUACUCAAGAGCCUUUGGUGGGGAACUUUGUCAAAAGCAUCACUAAUGAGGGGCAAAUUGCUUGCAGUUCAGUAGCAAUUUACUACCUGGCACAAUGGUGCUCACGUAACUGACAUUGAAUGGGGCCUGCUCGGACCUUCCUGUAGCUUAAGGGUGGACCAGAAACUUGGGAUUGAUGUGGGCCAUUGCCCUAAAGCAAUUUGUGAGGUCUUGGUUUCAGGACUGUGGGCAGUUCGGUUAUGUGUUCUUAAACAAGAUUGCUGGGAAACUCAUGUGUAGGCUGGCUUUUAAACAAUGAUAUAUUAAGUCAAAUGCACUUAGUAACUUUUGUAAAGCACUAAAGCAAAUUGUCAAACCUAAAGCCUUUAAUAACUGUAUCGCAUUCCAGUUUUUGUGUUUGAUUCAGGUUAAGGGAAUGUGUUGCAGUUUUUCCUCUUUCAGGAUACAUCAAUUGAGAAGGGAGCAAAACUUAGCUCUUUUCUACCGUUUUCUGAAUAAAGACACUAAGUAGUAA